CAGUACGAGACGAUUGCAUCAGUUGAACUACGCGUGCGCAAUCGUACUACUAUCGACUACAGCUCCAUUGCACAAUCACAAAGGGAAUCCUUUUACAGACGCUAAUAAUGAUCAUUUUCCCAUCGUCGAUCGUGGCCCAUUUGGCGACGUACCCAAUUAACCUUGAGCCGUAUCUUCCCUCCACGUGUCGGUGUAUUCCUCCGUAACUGUUUUUAUUUCCAGCUCGUACUAUUCAGUGACCAAAGCGGGGAUUAGUUAAAAAGUUUUAUUAAGUCCCCUUUGGUGCUGGAUAAUGGAUGAGCGCUUGCUGGUCAUCGGAUCGAUGGAUAGACCGUAGUCGCGUUCGGUUGCAGAUCGUUGAUUUCAUUACGAACCUUGGCGGUGAUUUGAAGUGCCGGAGUCACCAACGGAUCUGUAGUUUUUGUGCAAACUUUACGCUUCUUUCGAUUGGGAAAAUAUGCGCUACAGUAGAUUAAUAGGCUGUAUGCUAGUGGUGACGUGUGUGGCAGCGAGCCGGAGCGAGGAACCGAAAACAUUUCCUGGCGCUUCGCUUGUGUUGCCAGCCGUGCUUCCAAUUCUUGGAACAAUUAUACCAUCCCUUAUUCCGGGUGUUGGAUCACCCGGAACGGGUGGUGUGGCACUCCCGGGAGUUUCCGUGUCCCACUCGACGUCUAUUGCCACCUCGGUACACAACAGACCGAUCGCUAUAAGCCAUAGUGGAUCGGUUUCGACGCACGGAAACACGGAUGCUGGUUCUGCUGCUUCUGCUGGAUCAACGCAUGGUUCUGUGACCGCCGAAAGCAGCUCUGGAACAAACCGAAAAACUGGAUUCGCUAAAGCACCACUGUUGAGCAAGCGUUGGAGCAAGUUUUUCAAAAAGCUUGGCUAAGCUCCCUCUUGUCGUUCCAAUGGGUUGGGCCCAAAUGAAGUUUAACACGAAACUAAACACUCAAUAACUAAAACACUAAAACAUUAAUUGGUCACCUUAUUGAUGAUUCUUGAACAACAACAUAAUACAUAAUCAUAAACCUGAA